AUGGGAGCAAAGCAGAGGGGUAUGGGGAAGCGCCGCCACUGCCCAGCGCCGCCGCCCGUUCUCCAUUCCCACGGGUUUCGCUACUUCCUCUUCGUCAUCUCCGCCAUGUCCCUGGUCGGCCUGUUCUAUCUGGCGUCCAAGCCCUGCAGGCUGGGGGGCUUCUUCCUCGGUUCGAGGCAGCUCGACGACCCCUCCCUCUGGUCCGGCCGCCUCGACGAGCUCCCCUUCGCCUGGAACCACCUCCGCUUCUCCGCCAGCCCUCCCCCGAGGAGGCUCAGGAUCGCCCUCUUCGUCAAGCGCUGGCCCAAGGGCGACCGCGCCGGCGGCAUGGAGCGGCACGCGCUCACCCUCCACGGCGCGCUCGCCCUCCGCGGCCACGCCACGCACGUCUUCACCUCCGACCCCGGCGGUCCCCCGGAUCGCUCCUCCCCCAACAUGCUCUUCCACCUCUCGCCGCCCCUCCGCGGCGGCGGGUUCGACGCCGCCGCCGCCUGGGACCAGUUCGCGCGGGCCAACGCCGCGCUGCCGUUCGACGUGGUGCACAGCGAGAGCGUGGGGCUCCCGCACCUCUUCGCCGGGAACCUCUCUAACGUCGCCGUCUCCUGGCACGGCAUCGCCUACGAGGCCGUCCACUCCGAGAUCGCGCAGGACCUGGCGCGCCUCCCCGGCGAGCAGCGGUCCUCGGACCAGGUCAAGCGUAUGCAGGAGCGGCUCUUCCGGGUGGUCGACGAGGUGAAGUUCUUCGACAGCUACGCCCACCACGUCGCCACCAGCGACCACGUCGGAGACAUCCUCCGGCGGGUCUACAUGAUCCCCGAUGAGAGAGUCCACGUGAUUCUGAACGGCGUCGACGAGCAGAUCUUCCGGCGGGACGCCGAGAAGGGGACGGCCUUCCGGCGGAGGCACCGCGUGCCGGAGAAGGCAAAGCUGGUGGUGGGCAUGUCGGGGCGGCUCGUGAAGGACAAGGGCCACCCGAUCAUGGUGGAGGCGCUGCGGCAGCUUCUGGAGGAGGAGCCGGAUUCCAUGGAGUGGGUCUUCUUCCUGGUCGCCGGCGACGGGCCCUGGGGGGACAGGUACAGGGAGCUGGGGCCGAACUUCCUGGUCCUGGGGCCUCUGGAUCGCCCGAGUCUCUCCGAGUUCUACAACGCGAUCGACGUCUUCGCCCAUCCGACGCUGCGGGCGCAGGGGCUGGACCAGACCGUGCUCGAGGCGAUGAACUCCGGGAAACCCGUCAUGGUGACGCGGUUCGCCGGCAUCACGGAGUCGGCGAUCGUCAGCUCUGAGAUGGGGUACGUGUUCGCGCCCUCGGUUCAGCGGAUCAAGGAGACGCUGUCCAGGGUCAUCAGGGACGGCAGGGGGGUGUUGGAGAAGAAGGGGGAGGUCGCCAGGAGGAGGGCGCUGAAGCUUUUCACCGCCACGAAGAUGGCGGCCGCCUUCGAGAGGCUCUUCCUCUGCAUCGCGUCCAAGAACGCUGGUGAUGGCUCAGAUUUUUGCAGAUACCCACUCUCGACGGACUGA